AAAAAAAAGAGAGGUUAUUUUUAAGUCUAACACUCCAACUCCAGUGUUCAUAGAAGGCAAAACUCCUUAAAUCAGAUAGUUGGAUGAAGAAAUGUACCCAAGCACUUCACAUUUCACAACCACACAUGAGCAUUAUAAUUAUGUUCACAACUUUUUCAUUACAUUAUUAAACAUAAGGGUAACUAAAACCAAACCAAAGUACCAAACCAAACCGAACUUGUAAGGAAGCUCAUUUGGCCAUUUAAUGUCCACGUCUAGAGCAAAAACUAGAAUGACCCCAUUAGGCCAUUACAGUGGUUUUGGAUGAAUCACCAAUAGUAGUAAUAGUAAUGUAGUAUAUCCCUCAAAUUAAUGCUUUGCCUCUUUGCCCAAAUGCCAAAGUGAUGAGAUUUGAGAUGAAAUGAAACCUAUGUUUUCUUUUGUUUUGUUUUUUUUUUUAUUAAAGUGUGUGUGUGUGUGAACUGUGAGGUAAAGAUUGCAUUUUUUGCAUGGGAAAGUGUGGAAUGCUUUGAAUGAGGCAUUGAAUGCUUCACCGCCCACCCAACUUCCCCACCGAUUCAUUAAUAAGCCAGUGAAGGAAGGAAAGAGCUCCCUCACCCUUCAUUUCUGUCACUCCCCUGUUUUUCUCCCAAUCUUUUUCCUUUCUUUGCCCAUCAGAAUCUUUACAGUGAAAAAAGCCUUCUUUGAAGAAAUGGCUGACAAGAGGAUUGAUGUAGUUGAGGAUGAUGAAAAUGUGAACCCCUGCAUGAGAACUGCAGAGACUCUGCUCAGACUUUUGCCUGUGACUCUCUCUGUGGUGGCACUUGUUGUCAUGCUCAAGGACUCCCAGUCUAAUGAAUAUGGAUCCCUUACCUACUCUGACUUGGGAGCUUUCAGGUAUUUGGUACAUGCCAAUAGCGUCUGUGCUGGUUAUUCCCUCUUGUCAGCCAUUGUUGUAGCUGUUCCUCGCCCUUCCACCAUGUCUAGAGCUUGGAUUUUCUUCCUCCUCGACCAGGUUCUGACAUAUGCAAUUCUGGCUGCUGGAGCGGUGUCAACAGAGGUGGUGUAUUUGGCAUACAAAGGAGAUUCAGCUGUGACAUGGAGUCAAGCUUGCGGAUCAUUCAAUGGUUUUUGUAGAAAAGCCACGGCUUCAGUAGCCAUCACUUUCGUUGUGGUGCUCUGUUAUGCAGGGCUGUCCCUGAUAUCUUCUUACAGAUUGUUCAGCAAAUACGAGGCCCCUAUUGCCCACAAGAACAAAGGGAUCGAAAUUGCAGCUUUCCAAGGUUGAUUUGCCACUCUGCAAACCUAGCUUAAUUCCCUCCUACCUAUAUAGCCUAGAAAAACUUGCCAAAAUCAAAAUAAUGUUGUUCGUGUGCAUGUUGCUAAAAAAAAAAGCCUCUUGUUGAUGUUGUAUAACCUCAAAAUAUAUGUGUUGAGAUCGUUCAGCUGGUGUUUAGCAAAUAGAGGUCUCACGAAAAUGAAGUGAAUCGUUGUGCUUUCUCCCUUUCUUGAAGUUUGGUAAUCUUCCCACGAAAGAUCUAAUCUAAACGUCCAUCUUGAAAAAUGAUUAUGGUUACUGUUCUGUGACUAUGGUUUUGUAUUCAUGUCUCUAGGUCGGAAACUGACAGUUCAAAAAAGAGUACUUUCAAACGACGCUACAAUUAUUUCCAAUUCAUGGUUGAUACUGUUUCCGACCCAAUCUCUCCUCUCUUUGACUAAAUAACCCGCUAGCCAUUAUUGGGAGUAAAGUAUCACCAAUUUUCUCCCUAUUAUUCUUGCUAUUUUUUAUAUACUCUCUCAAGUCUCAGCAUUCCACGAAAUUUUAUGCCUAUCAGAUGAAACAUAAGUAUUAAUGCAACUUAAAGGUUUCUGUUAAGAUUGAUAUAACUUCAUAGUAUUAGACAAAGUUUGAUAUCUUUUUAUUGUGCAGUUCAGUAAGUAGUAAUUCCUAGACGUAAAGAACCUAUUUAUUGAAUGGACUAAAAUGAUCUUUUAAUAACCAACACAAUCUUCGCACUAAGUGUCAACCAAUCCGAAUUUAUAGACAUAAGUUGGAAAACCCCGUAACUCAACUUCAAAGAGAAGCAUGAUGAUCUAUAGAAAAGAGACCAAGCUACCAUAAUCGCCUAACAUAAAGCAAAUUGAUUCAUAUCACCAAACCCACAUCAAAAGCUUCUUUUGCAUUAGAAUCCAAGCAGGCAACCAUAGAGCAAGAAGGCAAACGACAUCACAGAUGCGACGAGUAGUUAACACAAAGAUCAAGUGACCAACACUGCAGUAGAUAUUGUCUUUGCAACUUCAUCCAGAAUUUCAGAAUUAGCUAGCUGGAGGUUUGUACCAUACAAAUGUUCCAGAUAUAGACCGCAAUCCAUUCCAUUAGACUAAUAUAGUACAUAACACAAUCAUCAAACUAGAGGAUUUGAGUGCAUGAGGUCGGCAUCUGAUCUCAGUUCAGCGAGCUUCAUACUGCACAACUGCAUUGCAAAAAUACAAGUUAAAAUAUAUUAGCACCCAGAAGUUACCGUCAUCAUCAGCUUCUAUAGUAAAAAAAGGUAGUACAGACUGAACUUCAUCAACAUCCAAAUUGCACAUUUUUAAUAUGCUACUAGUACUUGAGAACUUCUGCAGAUUAUUAAAUCCAAAAGACGAUAAGCAGCCAAUGACUCCAAUCACAAACUUCUCUAAACAACUAGUGGGUUGAACUGAAAAUUCAGGUUUACAAUAUAUAUAGCUGGGAAUCACAGAUGAAGCAACAGAACUUGAUUUACCAAAUAAGCACCAGAUUAUCCAUCCAUAAGCCAUUUUAAAUUUCAGUUUUACAAUAUAUAGCUGGGAAGCAGAGACGACUCAACGAAAUCUGACUUAACAAGUAAGCACCAGUUACCAAUCCAUAAGCCAUUUUCGUCAUGCAUUCUAAUUACACUUGUUAAUAUCGCAAACAAAGUGGGAGGGGGGGGGGGGAUCAGGAACAAUGCGAAGAACAUAAGAUCCUAAAGGCACAAGAAAAUUGAUAAUCUCCAACCAUGCUAAACUACCAGGAGAAAAUUGCUAAACCAUGUAAAAAAAUCCUCUUUGACAAACCAAGCAUCUAAACAAAAACCCUAAAGUAAUCCAAUAAAAUUUCCCAAAAAAAACUUAAACGAAUUGGAGCAGCAGAAACAGGUCAAAAUCAGGUGAGGAAAAAAACCCCAAGAAACUUACUUCUGCGGGUGCGCUUCUUGUAAAGAAUACGGUAGCCGCACUCCCUGCACUGAAUCACAUCCCCUUGCUUCAGGGUGUUCUCCUGUCCGCAAUCUAACAACAAUUUCCACCCAGAAUUUCACAUAAAUAUCAUACAGUUUCAAGGGGAAAAAAACAGCAAAAGAUCCCUUUAGCAUCAUCACUAAUUACACAAACAUACCUCCGCAGACGUACGUUACUGGCUCAGGCUGGGGCUGAGAAUCCAUUGAAAAAUUGACUGCAAAAACCAAAAUUAGUGAACUCUGUGUUAGGGCUUUUUCCGGUAUAACAACGCUUUGAAAAGGAAAAAUAUCAAUUCGGAGAAAAUAAU